AUGAUGAUCAAAUGGAGGUUGAUCGGGGAGGACAUGGAGAGAAUGUCAUUGUUUGGUCCCGCUGGUGGCACAGCUUGGGAUGGAGGACUUGAGCGGGAGAAGAGUGAUGGGAUGAUGGAGAAGAAAUGUGGAAGAGAGGAGAAAGGGAAGAAGACGAGGAUUAAGUACAUGGCGGGAAACAGAGCAUGGGAGGGGAAUUCUUUCUGCCUCCCGCACAAACUCAAACGCAGGGCCAGUACCGGGAAGCAUGACUUCAAACGCUUGCCGUCGGAUAAGGGCAAUCUGAGUGGAAGGCUUGACAAAAGGCGAGGCGGGGGAGUCUUGGGAGGAAGGAACGAGAAACAGAGGAGACAUUGGCCUCGCACUCAGGACCUCAAACUGCCAGGUGCCCGGCGUGCCUUAGUGCCUGGCAGUAACACUCAGCAGAGGGAGUGGUCCGGGUCUCCUUGUCCCCUCGUCCUGUCUACUUCCGUUCAAGCCGUCCUCCUCGAGUCAUAUUUCCUUCUUGACCAAACCCGAAAUGAAGAAACAACGAGUUCCUCCACGAUUUUCGACACUUCCAGUUGCUUCCGGGCCCCAACAGCUCUCGUCAACCACCCAAGUUGGCAUUCAAGCCACACACGAAUCCUUGUACUUAAAUUCGAGGGUUCCUCACCCCCGCCUCUUUUCCCCCUCUGCUUCUUCGUUUUCGUCUUCAUCUUCAUCUUCAUCGUCAUCGCCAUCGUCAUCGUCAUCGUCAUCGUCAUCGUCAUCGUCAUCGCCGUUGUCGUCAUCAUCUUCUUCUCCAAUCAACAAGUUCAUCACCACUUCCGUGCCUCGCUGUCUGCGUUCACUCCGUUCAAUUUCCAUCACUUCGACACAAUCCCCCACCUGCUCAAGUACGCGGAGCGGGCCGGCGGCUAUGAAGGUCCUGCCUACCGCGGCACGGCCUCCGCGCCCGCUCCACAUUGUCCUCGACUGAAAACAACACCCGAGUAUCUCGACAAGCCCGGCUUGCGUCUCUGCGACUCCGAAAAAAUCCGGGGCCCAACGAGGCUAUCUUCUCCGACUUCGCCGGUCGGUGCUAGGGCCGUCGUACAGUCCAUCCUCAACGCCGAUUUGGUCGCCUGGGGCCUUAAACUUUAUGAGUACCACCUACCAGUGUCGGGAUAUGUCAUGGGCUGGAAAAGGCGACAACGAAAAGGACUUGAUUCUGGAGUUGUCGAACGGAAGAGGAGAAACGGAAACCAGGGCAGCCUAAAUAUCUGGAAGGGAAUGCCGGGGAAUGGGCGGCCCAGAGCACGGAAUUCCAACAGGAUAUCAUCGAAGAUGAUAGGUAUUCGAGCGCAAUUCCAUGGCCAGCAGUUUCAACUUUGGCAUGUCUUGUUCCGGUGGCAGACCGUUGAGGAUAUCAUUCAAGAUGAUCUUCGAGCGAGAUUCAAUGGCAAGCAGCUUCAACUUCGGCAUGUCUUGUUCGGUGGCAGACCGUACCUGUGGGGAGCCACGCGGUAA